GUGAUCGAGGGCAGAGUCAGUCAGCUGUGCAGUAGGAGUUCGAAUUAUGUGGGGGUAUUUUCAUGACAUUUCGCGUAAUUAAACAUAAUUUUUAAUCAUGAUCUAUAAAAGCAUCAAUUAAACUUGUAGAGGAUCUAAUUAAAUACCUCAUUACUCGCGACUAUUUUUGAAAUUCCCAAUUUCAUUAACAAAAUUAAGACUUUAUUGGAUAUGGCCGGGGAAGCAAACCAGAAGAAAAAAGGCAAGUUAUCCAAGCAAGAUUCGAAUAGAUCGGCAAAAGAUUCGGAUAUAGAAACCGAUAGGCCUUCGGCGAGUGCUAGUAAUCCAGAUAAAUGUAGAAGUGGAAUACGAGUUUAUAAAAUCGUCGUAUUAGGAGACGGAGGAGUUGGAAAAUCGGCCGUCACACUUCAGUUUGUUAGUCAUAGUUUUUUGGAUUAUCACGAUCCAACUAUUGAGGAUUCGUAUCAACAGCAAGCCGUUAUUGAUGGGGAACCGGCCUUAUUGGAUAUUUUGGAUACAGCUGGACAAGUGGAAUUCACCGCUAUGAGGGAUCAAUACAUGAGGUGCGGUGAAGGUUUCCUGAUCUGCUACAGCGUUACAGAUCGCCAUAGUUUCCAAGAAGUCCUCGAAUACAAGAAACUAAUACAAAAGGUAAGAGCUUCAGAAGAUACUCCUCUCGUUUUAGUAGGAAAUAAAUUCGAUCUUCAUUCGCAACGGAAAGUAUCCACCGAGGAAGGGAGAGGUUUGGCCAAACAGUUCGGUUGUCCGUUUUUCGAAACGUCGGCGUGUUUGAGGACGUACGUCGACGACGCGUUCCAUACACUCGUCAGAGAGAUAAGGAAAAAGGAAAGGGAGAGAUUAGGUUUGCCGGGCUGUGAUCAUAAACCCAAGAGGCACAGCAAAUGGUGGAGACUUCGGAGUAUAUUCGCUUUGGUGUUUAAAAGGAGGAGACAUCACAAUUUCAACGCGUAAAAUGCUCGAUUUUAAUCCUUGAUAUCGAGUUUCGUUCGUUGAUUUUUCUACAAGGAAACCAGGAUGUUGAUUGGCUUUUCAUUUUUUGUUUUCACUACGAUGCUUUAGAUUUAUUAUGAGCAGUAUUUAAUCGUUUAUUUAUAGAAAAUGUUGAACAUUUAUAGAGUGGUACAAAAGUUUAGAUUAAUUCGAAAAUAAUACAAUUUUUUUUCAACAAUUUUUAUUUGAACAUAACAAUUACUUAGUUAACAUUUAUAAUUAUUAUUUAGUAGACUUUUGUUCCAUCCUGUAUAACGAUUUUUCGUGGUGCAAAAAAGUAUGGAAUAUAUGAGACUGUAGCACUUUGAGGUUAGAUUUUACUUCAAAUUUUGACGGUUUUUUAUAAAUUCAUUUGACAUUUUCUAUUCCGCACCCCUACUGUCAUGCUAGCCAAUCUGAGACUAUAAAAUAUUCUCGUUCAGUCAUUCAGAACAGCUCUAGAACGUUUUGGUGCAUUGGCUAACGGCUUUAUAUGGAUAAAGGGCCAAAAGUAUAGAAAAAAAGAAGAUAUAUAAAUAAACAACUCUUGUAAGGUAAUUCAGAACAGCUGUAGAACGUUUUGGAGCAUUGGUUAACGGCGUUGUAUAGGGAAAGGCCAGAAAGUACAGAAAGAAGAAUAACUAAUGUCUAAGCACAAAUUCGAUUUGUUAUUAAUAAAUUACCAGUGAUUAUACCAAUAAUGAACAAUCAUAUAAACCCAGUGUUGUUGUCUAGUCCAUACUUUAUAUAAAUAUAAAUAAUAACGCAAUAAUUUUACUUAAACGAAAGAUCUCUAGUGGUUUACUAAUAUAAAAAUUAUAUAUUAGUAAAACUGAAAUUAAACCUUGAACCCCCAAUCCUUUAUCGUUUAUUUAUCAUUUAAAUAGAGAUACUAGAGAUUUUAAUUUAUUUUUAUAAAAAAAAAAUAUUUGAAUAAACGAUAUAUUGACCAAACAUUUUUAUACCUGUAUAUUGUGCAAUAGGACGCGGCAAGUUCCGAAAAGUUAAAAAAAUAAUAAAUGUUCAAUUUUCUAAUUAUCUCAAACUUAGAAACACAGAGUGUAUCUCAUUCUAAUAUAGGAACUCGUAUUUUAAUGAAAAUGCAGUUUAGUAUCAAUUUGUCUAUGAUUAGAACACAAAACAGAAAUGUGCAACGUUAACUGCCGUCACGGAACGCUUAAUCUCUAUUGCGCAGUAUCGUCACCGUCACUGAUUUAGAACGAACCUGUUAUCUAUUAAACAAUUUUAUUGAAUUAUUACUUUGUCUAUGGUUCGAGUAAAGGACUACUUUCACUAAUCCCACAUAAUACAAUGUCAUGACGUCACAAAUUACAACAAGGAUGUAAUUAUCAUAUGAUAGCUUUCAUAUUAGUGACAUGAUAUAAUUUUUUCAUUUUUUUCUUCGUGUGUUUAUAUAUCUUUUAAUCAAAACUUAUGAAGUAAACCACUUUAUGCUGUUUGAUUACAUUUUAUUACGAAGUGAGGUGACGUCGAAAAACAGACUAAUAGAUUUGGUUAAAUUAAAAAAGAAGAUUUAGCGUCAUAUGUCAUAACAUUGUUAAAUUGGUUAGUUUGAGAUAAUUAUUAAAAUUGUUGUUGUUUUCCGAAGAGAUGAUUUAUUCAAUCAAAACCGUAAAUUAUCAUUUUUAUACAGAGAAGAAAAUAUAUUUGAUGGCUUGUAAGGAAGUAUAAUUUAAAUUUAUAAUUUGCCAAAUUCCUAUUUGUUUUUAGGAUUAUUAUUUGAUCUUUUUUUUGAAUAUAUAUAUUUAAAUUAGAUACUGUAUAACCUGUAUGGUAAUUGUUGCAUUUAUAGAGUAUAUUUAGAAGAUAUUUAUUGCUAAAAUGUUAUAUUGUUAAGUAUUGAACUUAUUAUUUAUUAUUAUUAUUGAAGUUUGCCACAAGGAGGCUUAAAAUAUUGUACGUUUUUAAAAAUAACAGCGGGCCGAAUUCACAAAACAUUUUUUUAUAGCGAGUAAAAUGAUUCUCAAAAUUUCAAUCUGUUUCAUAUAGGGUUUUCCAUUAAUCAUUUUCUACUUUGAAAUUAAUUGCUAUGUUGUUUACUGACUUAUUUCUAUAGACCCGCAAUGUGACAAAAUUUCACCAGAAAAAAUCGUGCGAUAUUAGUGGCUAUUAAAGUCAAAAGAAGUUGAAAGAACCAACGUCGUAUUUGAAAAAAUAUGGAUUGAUUACAUCAAAUUGGUUCUUUUGUGAAUUGGUAUCGUCCCUAAUUUGAUAAUUUUGUUUCUUGAUAUAUCCAUUCAUGUCGAAAUGAGCUUCACCACUGUAGAUAUGUUAAUGGUGGAUCGACAAAAGAAUUUGGUUAAAAUUUGGAAGACCCUUAGUAAUAAUCUUGCUUCGAUACAUUUAUUUUCAUAUUUUAUAGUUAUUAUUAAAUAAUUCGAUGUAUUGAUUCACUUAUUUUUUAGUUAGAUCAUAUUUUGAUCCUGUAUAUAUUAUCGUAAUCAGUUUAUCAGAAAAAGAUUUAUUGAUUUUAUUGAAGUAGUCCAGUUACCAAUUUUUUAAUGGUCUAUUAAUUUUUUUCUAGUCGUGUAUUUUUUUAAGGGUUCUGCAUACAUUUUUUAUUUUUAUUGAUAAAUUACACAACUGGACGUAAUUUGGUGAAAAUUUUGUAAUCAUUGUAGUAAAAACGGUAUAGAUGAAUGUUACACAAAAUAUUCCAAACGAAACGUCAUUUAAAGGAAUUUUCAAAAUUUGAGUAGAUAUAUACAUAUGAGAUAUCCUAUAUAUAAAUAUUUUCAAGUCUUAUUUAAAAAGAUUUGUUAUAAAAAAAACGUUCCUUUGAAACGUUAUAUCCACAUCUUCCACCUCUAAUCUAUUUCUUCUUUUUUUUGGUUCUAGAAACAGUUGUUUUAUCUAAAAAAUUGACAGUUGACAUUUGAUCAGUCAAUGUUAAAUGUAUUGUUUUGAUUUUAAAUUAUCUAAAACAUUGUUAAAAUACAAAAUAAACACGUAAUAUUAUUAAUCGAAACAAAUACGAGUGUAAAAGAGGAAUAUAGUGACUAAAACAAACUGUUAACAUAUUGAGGGUUAGUUUUUUGAUGAAAUUUUAUGUUUACAUCAAUUUUAGUCGAGAGGAUUUUAACUUAUUACUGUGACUUUUGUAUCUACUGGUUGUAUUGUAACUCGGUAUUUUAUUAAAAACAUAGUUUUUAUUAAUUUGGUGAAGGUAAGUGUUAUUUUUCAACAAUUUUAGAUAAUGAUUACGCUGGAUUUCAAUUACGUCCAGUCAGUGUUGAAAUUUUAGUUAAAUAGAGCAGACCCUAUACGUAGAAUAACAAUCCAAAUGUUAGUUAACUAAAUUCGAUGUAUGUAAAUGUAAAUCUGUGCACACAAAAUGUAGAAAAUCAUGAUAAAUAUUAUAUGUAUCAAAAAUAUGAUUUUUGAUGUACGUUGAACGCUUUAUAAUUUUUUUUAAUAAAUAAAAGAAAUUUUAA